AUGUCCACAAAUGGAUCAUUGUCAUCAAUGAAUCACAAAAAUCAUACACACGAUUCCAAUCAAAGACAACUACAAGAGUCAAAUAAACCAAAAAUAAAUUCUUCAUCACCUAAAAAUAAUGAACAAAACCUAGGGCCAACCAACAACCAAAUUAAUAAUAAUCAUCAUUCACCAACAAAAUCCAAAUAUCAUAAAUAUUCAAGAUCAAAAGAUAAAUGGAUAUUUCCAGAAUAUAUUGCAUUAAAUCAAACACCAAGUAGAUUAGAUAAACACCCAAUUCCUAUAUCACAUGAAUUAAGAUUAAAAGAAAGUAUUCAUGAAUUUAUAAUAAGAUUAGGUAAAAAAUUAAAAGUUGAUGGUCCAACAAUAUUAGCAACAACAAUUUACUUACACAGAUUUUAUAUGACAACAACAAUAACUGUAUCUAAAUAUUUUGUUGCAUCAGCUGCAUUUGCAUUAUCAUGUAAAUUAAAUGAUAAUUAUAGACAACCAGAUAAAAUUAGUCUUAUAUCAUGUAAUUUAAAAAAUCCUUUACAACCACUUAUAAAUAAAGAAAAUGGACAAAAAGUACCACCACCUCCAAUUGAUGAACAAAGUAAAAUAUAUUGGGAAUGGAAAGAUCAAUUAUUAUAUAGAGAAGAAUUAAUUUUAAAAAAAUUAAAAUUUGAUUUAAAUUUUAUAUCACCUUAUUUUUUACAAUAUAAAAUAUUGAAUAAGAUUCAUAUUGGAAUGGGCGAAAUCUUGUAUAAUAAUAGAAAGGAAAUUAUAAAAUCAACAAUAAGUUUAAUUGAAAUAUUAUCAAGUUUACCAAUAAUAUUAUGUUAUGAUAUGAAAGAAAUUUUUGCAACUUGUUUUAUUAUUAUCUUGGUGGAAGGUGAAAUAAAAUUUAAAAAUGAUAUUAAAUUAUCUAAAAAAUUUUUAAAAGAUGUAUUGGGUAGUGAUUUAAAUGUUGUUACUCAUUGUUUUAAAUUUAUUAAAAAAUUAUUAAGAAUUUGUCAAGAUGAUCAUAAAAUGAUAAGUAAUAAAGUUGCAGCUAAAAGAAUUUUACCUAUUAAAUCUAUUCAAUUUAUAGAAAUUGCAAGAGGUGAAUAA